AUGCCUUCCCAUGGAACCAUGACCGCCGCACAGCGAGCACUCGGAAUCGCUGAGAUUAUAGGCCUGAUCAUCUCGUUUGUGCCUUCAGGAUGGUUCGCACCGUCAAAUGCCUUGAUUCAUUGCGGUCUAGUCAACAAGCUUUGGCUUGGCGAGGUACUUCCUGUUAUAUGGAGCCAUAUUGGCACCCAAAUCGAACGCGUCUUUACGAAAUUGAAGCCUGGCCGUCGACAGUUUUACGCCAACUUUGUGGUUUUUGCCGAGUCGUGUAUCUUGAAUGAUGGGUUGUGCUCUAAGGACCUUUCACAGAAUCUGAAAGAUAUUGUGUUCCCUAAAAUGGAAACUAUCCUUAUGUUCACUUGUGGCGAGAGAGGAGAAUGUUCUCUCCCCCGAAUGAACUGUCCCAAUCUUUAUCGCAUGACCUUCCAAGAUAUGGAUUAUGAAAAUGAGGAGAAGGAGGACGAUAUGUGCCCUGACGCAUGGGAAUCGAUUUUCUGGGACAUUUCGACUAAGUACCCUAGUUUGAAAGAGCUGAACUUUGAUCACCCUCCUCGUGUGUUUCCCCAUGCGAUCCGACGCUUCAAGAAACGACACCCGAAUCUUCAAGGCUGUCUCAAGAAGCUCAAGGCUCAAGAGAUUACGCAGUUCUUUGGCCAUGGCUUCUCGUUUCCAGGUGGGGUUGCUGUGGGGAAUAACGAUUACUUUGAAAAUUGA